CGCUCCAAGCACUGUUCGUUCUUCGACGAUCCGUAAAGAUGUAGUCGAAUAGGCAAAUUGGGUCCUCUCGGCUGGGCCCGACGGGACGUCUAACAUCGUUUCAUCAGCCGAGAACGCGUUGUGUCGCCAACGAUCCGUUUACUUUUUCGUCUUCUCCGGUCACUUUUACUCUCUUAAAUAUUUAUAAUCUCGUAUCGGUAUUGUCGGUGAUAUUAAGGGUGUAACAAUUAUUAUAUUCAAGUAAAACGUUGAAAAGAUUGAAGAAAAAGAGGAACAAAAAAUCGAUUUUUUAAAAAUUAAACAAGAUAUAUUUAGAGGAUUGAAUAAUACCAAAGAGAACAUAUUUAUUGCCGUUAUUAUUAUUAUUAUUAUCAUUAUUAUUAUUGGAAUUAUAUUAUAUUUAUUGCUCUUAUAUAUACGUGUGACUGUAAUACGAAUCGCGAAAUCCAAAAAUUUAUUUGCGAUCUGGAUUGAAUCAGGACAAGAAUCAUAUGUUUAGAACAGACAAUGGCUGCAGAAAAGUAUGAUAAGCUCACACCUGAGUUGAAACAAGAAUUGAAGAACAUUGCCCAGCAAAUUGUUUCGCCUGGAAAAGGAAUCCUCGCUGCAGAUGAAUCGACCGCAACGAUCGGCAAGCGUCUAAAAGACAUCAAUGUUGAAAAUACUGAGGACAAUCGUAGAGCAUACAGACAACUUCUUUUUACCAGUGCUAAAGAUGUCAUCAGCCAGCAUAUAUCUGGUGUUAUUCUAUUCCAUGAGACCUUGUACCAGAAGGCCGAUGAUGGAACACCAUUCGUCGAAUUGUUGAAACAACGUAAUAUCUUGCCAGGUAUCAAGGUUGACACAGGUGUAGUAACAUUAUUUGGUACCGACGAAGAAACCACUACGCAGGGUCUCGACAAUCUUCAAGCUCGUUGUAUUCAAUACAAGAAAGAUGGAUGUCAAUUCGCCAAAUGGAGAUGCGUGCUGAAAAUCAGAAAAGAUUGUCCCAGUAAAUUGGCCAUUUUGGAAAAUGCCAAUGUUUUGGCUCGUUAUGCUUCUAUUUGUCAAAGUGCUAGGAUUGUGCCAAUCGUCGAGCCUGAGAUUUUACCUGAUGGUGAUCAUGAUCUUGCCCGUUGCCAACAGGUCACGGAAGAAGUUCUGGCCGCCGUGUACAAGGCACUCAGUGAUCAUCAUGUAUAUCUUGAGGGAACUCUUUUGAAACCGAAUAUGGUAACACCAGGACAGAGUUGUCCAAAUAAAGCGUCACCUCAGGAAAUCGCAGCAGCUACUGUGACCGCUUUAUUGCGUACCGUUCCACCUGCAGUACCUGGAAUUACCUUCCUCAGUGGCGGUCAAUCAGAAGAGGAGGCAUCUGUGAAUUUGGAUGCUAUUAACAAGUUCCCCGCGAACAAACCUUGGGCUUUGACCUUCAGCUAUGGCCGUGCUCUUCAAGCUUCCGUGCUUCGCGCAUGGGGAGGCAAGAAGGAACAGAUUACUGCUGGUCAGGAAGAGCUUAUCAAGAGGGCUAAGGCUAACAGCGAAUCGGCACUCGGUAAAUAUAGCGGUGGUGUAAUGGGAGCUGCUGGCAAUGCUACGCUUUUCGUCGCGAAUCACGCGUACUAAACUAAUCAUUAAAAUAUUGAUAAGGAUUAGAUAAUUAGAUCAAACAUCGUCAACGUCGAUCACCGUUGCGAUAUAAAAACAUAACUAUCGACAGUGAAGAUGGGAAACAAAUAAAGAAAAACUUAAAAAAAAAUGCUCGAAAAAUGCUCGAAACAUAGAAGACAGCGUCUGUAUAAUUGUAUGUUUCACAGGGAAGAAUUUAAAUUUAAAAAUCGAAUGGAUUCAAUUUUAAUCUAUUGCGGAAAAUUUAUAUGUUUAUACGUGUUUUUUAAAAUUAUAUUUUAAUGAUCGAAAUGAAUUUUAAUGAUGAUUUUUAAUCGAGUAUACAGAAGCUGAGAAAUAACUUGUGUUUUGAGAUAAAUUUUAACACUCAGGAUUAUUGUAAACAAGCGAUCAUAGUUGAUUCUCUUCGUUGAUUGUCGUGUUUUACAAACAAGCGAAAAAAACUAUUCUUCAUCAAAACUGUCAUUACUGCUUUUACGCUUCGUGUUUUGCGCUAUCUUUGAUUUUCUUCUUUAUUUUCAUUAAUAUUAUUGUAUUCAUUUUCUUUGAAUGAUAUCGAUGAAGAAUGUUUCACACAACCUCUCGUCGCAGAAUCAUUUGUUCUUCAGAACGUUACGACAAUUUUCGAAAGAGAUUUAUUUGAUUGAUGUAUAUAUGUACGAGCCUAUCGAAUGAAAUCAAUUUGAAAAAGAGAUGAAAAUUCUUUAUUUAGAUCGUAAAUAGAUUUCGUGACAUUCGAAUUACGCACGCGUUAUUAUAUUCUGUAACACUACGACUAAAAAGAAACAGAUAUAUUAUAUAUAUAUUGUCAAUGUCGUUAUAAUAUUCUACAUGUAUAAAAAGAAAAAAAAAAAAGAAAAACAAAGUAAAAAUACAUAUUAAAUGUUGUUUGUUAGUAAAUGAGUCGAAUAUUAUGAAGUCGUAAUAUUAUGUCAUCUACUUAUACAAUAUGUGUAUCUUAUAUUAUAGAUAUUUAAGUAACGUAUUGAAAACUAUCUCGUACAUUGAUGUUAUAUCUAAUAUUUUCAUUGCAAUCUAGGUCACCAAAUACACUGUGGAGGGGAA